AUGCCGCGGAAGAAGGCUGGCUCCAAGGGAAGCGUGCAGCGGCAGGUGUCCGUGUCCGAGGACGAUGAGGAGCUGUCUGCGCUCGGAGUUCCAUUGGAUGCCGUUGUGAAGGUCUGGUGCGUGCACAGCACGCCGAACUUCUCACUGCCCUGGCAGAGGAGAAGGCAGGAGCGAUCGACUGGGUCCGGCUUCUGCAUCGACAAGGAGCGGCGGGUGCUCAUCACCAACGCCCACUGUGUCGAGUGGCACGCGCAGGUCAAGGCACAGCGCCGGGGGUCCGACGUAAAGCACUUGGCCAAGGUCCUCUCUGUGGGCUGGGAAUGCGAUGCUGCCGUGCUCACUGUGGAGGACGACGAGUUCUGGGAAGGACUGCAAGCUGUCCGGCUCAGUCAGAAACUGCCGCACCUGGAGGAAGAUGUCCUGUGCGUUGGCUUCCCAAUUGGCGGAGACACCAUCAGUGUCACCAGCGGCGUGAUCUCGCGGAUCGAA